UGGAACGUGAUGAUCGUUGGUCUUGGGACUAACGGUCGUGGAGUAGAAGCCCUCGAGCUUUUCUAUCAUAUGCUAAAGCAAGGAGCUCCGAUGGAUGAUUUAACUUUUCUCGGCGUUCUGACUGCAUGCACUCAUACGGGCCUAGUGGACGAAGGGUUCGACAUCUUUCAUAGGAUGAAGAAUGAAUUUGGCAGCGAGCCCAAAAUCGAGCAUUAUGGAUGCAUUGUUGAUCUCCUCGGUCGAUCUGGGAGAUUAGAGGAGGCUAGAAUUUUCAUUGAGACAAUGCCGAUGGAGCCAACUCCUGCACUUUGGGUGUCCCUUCUUGCAUCUUGUCGAACUCAUCGGUGUGUGGACUUGGCAGAGAAAGUUGUAGACGAGCUUGUGAGAAUCGGAGAGGACGAUGGAGGGGUUUAUGUUCUUAUGUCGAAUAUUUAUGCGGAUGAAGGGAUGUGGACUGAUGUGUGGAGGAUGAGGAGGUUGAUGAAGGCGAGGGGGAUGAAGAAGGAGACUGGGAGGAGUGUGAUUGAGUUGGAUGGGGUUGUUCAUGAGUUUGUGAAGAGGGGGAUGAAGAAGGAGACUGGGAGGAGUGUGAUUGAGUUGGAUGGGGUUGUUCAUGAGUUUGUGAAUGGAGAUUGCUUGCAUUCUUGUAAGGAGUGGAUUUAUGAUGUUGCUCGGAGGUUGUCUAAUGAAAUGGUGUUCGUAAG